AUGCAUAAUCGUAUAGCAUUUUUAACAUCUAAUUCCAACAACAAUCAUUGUGUUCUUAAUGCACUUCAAGAUCAUGUUAUCAUUGAUAUGGAUAAUAAAAUAAAUUGCUCAAAGGAAAAUAUUGUAGAAAUGAAACAAGCAACUCAACGACGGCAAAAAGAUCCAAAUCAUUCCAAUGGUAUUCAGCGGCCAACAAAAAAAAAUCAUCCUGCUUCAGAUUCGCAGGUGAAAGCUGCUGAAAUAAACCAUAACAAAGUAACAAUAGAUGCUGAUAGUUUAAAGCUAUGGCGUCAUCCUUUCACAACCAUGAGUUAUUUUUUACAAGAAGUAAUGCAUCUCUGUAUCAAUUUAGUCAAAGGAAUUCCUAAAUACAAAAAGACUGUGUGGAGUGUGUUAAUUUUAUUAGUAUUAUUUUUCACUCUCAGGUAUACUUCAGGUCGUCAUCAACAAGUAUUACAAGAUUGGGAAAACACUGUAUUAUGGUGGUUAUAUUGGGUUGGACUUGGUGUAUUAUCAAGUGUAGGAUUUGGAUCAGGUUUACAUACAUUCGUUCUUUACUUGGGUCCUCAUAUAGCUGCUGUAACAAUGGCUGCGUAUGAAUGUGGGGGAUUAAACUUCCCCGAGCCUCCAUACCCUGAUUCAAUUAUAUGUCCUACGACUGUAGAUGAAGCAUGGACCGUUAACAUUUUUAAUAUUAUGAGAAAAGUACGUGUAGAAGCAAUGUUGUGGGGUGCGGGUACCGCUCUUGGUGAAUUACCGCCAUAUUUCAUGGCUAGAGCGGCAAGAGACAGUCAACAAGUAGAUAAAGGUGCUGAUGAUGAUCAAGAAGAGCUCAAGGAUUUAGAAGCGCUUGAAGCACUUGAAAAUGGAGGAAAUGUUCCGAUAUCAAUGCGAUUGAAAUUAGCAAUGAAACAUUUUGUUCAAAAAACUGGAUUUUUCGGAAUUCUUAUUUGUGCUUCGAUACCAAACCCGCUAUUUGAUUUCGCUGGCUUCAUGUGUGGAUAUUAUCGCAUUCCAUUCUGGACAUUUUUUGGAGCAACCCUUAUUGGUAAAGCGAUUAUUAAAAUGCACAUACAACAACUGGCAGUUAUUAUUGCUUUUAAUGAAACGUUAUUCGAGAAAGCCAUUAGCAUAUUGUCUGUUAUACCAUAUGUUGGCCAACGAUUUCAAGAACCAUUAAAGCAGUAUCUCAUUGAACAAAAGAACAAGUUUCAUAACAGCACUAAUGUGGAUAGUACUACGACUAUUUCAUGGCUAUUUGACAAAUUUGUCAUUUUAAUGUGCCUCUUCUUUCUUACAACGAUAAUUCAUGCUUUGGCACGCAACCAUCAUCGUAAACGAAGUAAACCACGUGUUGAUUGA